AUGGUCAGAAAGCCAGUUGUGGCCACCAUCUCCAAAGGAGGUUACCUGCAGGGCAAUGUGAGUGGGAGGCUGCCCUCCAUGGGAGACCAAGAGCCACCUGGGCAGGAGAAGGUGGUCCUGAAAAAGAAGAUCACUUUGCUGAGGGGGGUCUCCAUCAUCAUCGGCACCGUCAUCGGAUCGGGCAUCUUCAUCUCCCCAAAGGGCAUACUCCAGAACACGGGCAGCGUGGGCAUGUCCCUGGUUUUCUGGUCGGCCUGUGGAGUACUGUCACUUUUUGGAGCCUUGUCCUAUGCCGAAUUGGGGACGAGCAUAAAGAAAUCUGGCGGUCAUUACACGUACAUUCUGGAGGUCUUUGGCCCUUUGCUAGCAUUCGUCCGAGUCUGGGUGGAACUGCUCAUAAUACGCCCCGGAGCUACGGCUGUGAUAUCCUUGGCCUUUGGACGCUACAUUCUGGAACCGUUUUUUGUUCAAUGUGAAAUCCCUGAACUUGCAAUCAAGCUCGUAACAGCUGUGGGCAUCACUGUGGUGAUGGUCCUAAAUAGCAUGAGUGUCAGCUGGAGUGCCCGGAUCCAGAUUUUCCUAACCUUUUGCAAGCUCACAGCGAUUCUGAUAAUUAUAGUCCCUGGAGUGAUACAGCUAAUUAAAGGGCACACACAGCACUUUGAAAAUGCAUUUUCAGGAAGAGAUACAAAUCUAAUGGGGUUGCCCUUGGCUUUUUAUUAUGGGAUGUAUGCAUAUGCUGGUUGGUUUUACCUCAACUUUAUUACCGAAGAAGUCGAAAAUCCUGAGAAAAACAUCCCUCUGGCAAUCUGCAUUUCCAUGGCCAUCAUCACAGUCGGCUAUGUGCUAACAAACGUGGCCUAUUUUACGACCAUCAGCGCUGAGGAGUUGUUGCUAUCCAUGCCGUGGCGUUUAGCCUUCACAGAAAUCGUUGCUGGAAAUUUCUCAUUAGCAGUCCCGAUCUUUGUUGCCCUCUCUCCUGCUUCGGCCCAUGAACGGUGCGUGUUCGCUGUCUCCAGGUUAUUUUACGUUGCAUCACGAGAAGGGCACCUUCCGGAAAUCCUUUCCAUGAUUCAUGUCCACAGCACACUCCUUUGCCAGCUUGUUAUUGUUUUGCAUCCUCUGACGAUGAUAAUGCUCUUCUCCGGAGACCUCUACAGUCUUCUGAAUUUCCUCAGUUUUGCCAGGUGGCUUUUUAUGGGACUGGUAGUUGCCGGGUUGAUUUAUCUUCGAUACAGCCCAGAUAUGCAUCGUCCUUUCAAGGUGCCUCUGUUCAUCCCAGCCUUGUUCUCCUUCACCUGCCUCUUCAUGGUGGUUCUCUCCCUCUACUCGGACCCCUUCAGCACCGGGAUUGGCUUCCUCAUCACACUGACCGGAGUCCCUGCGUAUUAUCUCUUCAUUGUGUGGGAUAAGAAACCCAAGUGGUUCAGACAAUUAUCAGACAGAAUAACCAGAACAUUGCAGAUAAUUCUAGAAGUUGUACCAGAAGACUCUAAAGAAUUAUGAACUUAAUGCAUCAAAAUCUUGGCCAUCUGCCCAGGACCAAGAUACAA